CACGUACAGCGGGGCGCGCGGGGGGGGUCCGACUGAGCGCGGAGCCAUCUUGCCGGCAACCGUCGAAUCGCGCGCGUCUCUGCCCAACAAAUCGUUCAAUUCCCACUAAUUAACCAUUAAAACACACAAAAACAAUCGAAAACUGUGCGGAAACAUCGAUUAGAGUGCUUGUGCCGUGAUAACGAGACACUGGAGUGGAUUAUUGUGGUGUAACGGUGUUGUUCUGUGCGUGUACAUUCCUAGUCGGUUUGAGAUUACCUAUUCUGGAUUGCCCGCCUGAUGAUGUGCUAGUGUUGUAAAGUGAAAGUGGAAAUAUAGUGUUCGCAAGUGUAAAGUGAAUCCCAAAGUGAUAUCUCAGUGAUAAAGUGUGAUCAUGCCGCCCUGGAAUCACUGUUCUGAAUGGUAGCUAAUAAUUUGGAAGCGGGAUGGAGAAGGAGAACGGCGACGGCGACGCCGGCGGGAAGCCGCCGCCGGACAAACUGUUGGACGCCGCCGGCCUGUUCGGAGCAUACUGGGGCCGCGAUGGCGCGUCCAACUCGAGCGCGGCGGCCCAGGCGCAGGCGCAGGCACAAGCCCAGGCCGCUCUCUUCGGCUUCGGCGGCCGCUACCCCGCGCCAAGCACGCUCGGCGUCGCCGCCAACCAGGCCGCCCAGCUGGGCCUGCACCCCGCCGCCAGUGCAGCAUGGUGGUCGAUGGCGUCCCACCUGGCCGCCCAAGACUACCUGCACCGGCUGCAGGCGUCGGGGCUGAGCUUCGGCGGCGGCAUGGACCCCUACUCCGCACUGUCGGCGCUGCAGCCGCCCAAGCAGCAGAAUAAUAAGCACGCGAGCAAGGGGAGCGACAGGUCGGGUAGAAGCAGUUCAUCCUCAGCAUCAGCGAAGGAGAAGAGUCCCGCCACCAGCACGUCCAGCUCGCAGCCCAGUAUGAGGACAUCCUACGGCUUCCCCAAGACGUCAUCCCCGUCCGCGCAGCACGCGCAGGCCUCUCUGAACAGCCUCGCGUCGCUCAACAACCUGGUGUCCGCCCCGCAUCAGAGCAAGCCCAGCUCCAAGCAGAGUGCAGCUUCUUCUCACUCACGCAAAUCCUCUUCGUCCUCAUCAUCAUCAGGCCAGAAGAACCUCAAGGAGCGGGAGUUGGCACUGCUGAGAGGGGACCUGAUGCUGGCGCAAGCGGCUGCGCAGGGCGCCUACCACGCCGCCGUGGCGCACGCAGCUAAGGGGAAGAACAUAUCAUCGCUAUACCCUUUCGGCAUGGGCGGCGACAAGGACGGGCGCCACGGCAUCGACUCGCUCACGGGUCUGCCGCACACCAUACUCAGUGCCGCUUUGGAGGGAGGUGAUCCUUCGUCGGUGCUGGGUGGAGUCCGGUUACCUCCAGACACGGAGAUAAUCAAGUACACCUCCUCGUUAGCCGGACCUAAGGCGGCCCCCGGCUCCACGAAUCGCGGGCGCAAGAAGACGAUCUCGCUGGACCCGCCGCAGGUGUCGGUGCACCCCUCCGGCGAGCGCGGGACACCCCUGCCGAGUAAACGACAGAAAGUGGACGAGUACGGCAACUCUCGAUCAGCAGUAGAAGUGAUCCGGCUGCCGAACAGACAGGACCGCGGACACUCGCUGUCCGACACGCCGCCGCCCAACCUGGGAGACUACGCAGGUAUAUCCCGGGAGCUGCUCCAGACGAUCGCCAGUCAGAGCGGCGUGAGUCUGGCAGCGCUUGAGAAGCAGCUGGCUGGUACUGCCGCCGCCGCUAGUGCAGAUUCCGGUCUAAACCUGAGCACGAAGUCUGGUGGUUCAGAGAGUCAGGACCUGAGCACAAAGACUUCAGGCGGCGACGAAGAUGGACCACUGAACCUGUCGCUCAAACCUUCCCCACCGAGCUCGCACGGCACCGACGCGCUGUCUCGACUCACAUCACUCAGCAGUUCCCUCAACGCGUCCUCCAGUGCGGAUCGGAUAUCGCGGCGCAAGCCCGGUGCCAAGCCGCGGCGGGUGGCGCCGGAGCCCAACGCGCACAUCCCGGAGGCGCCGCGGCCCAAGUCCAGCGGCAGCGAGGACAGCGAGUCGAUAUCCGGCUGGCCGUCUCGCGAGGGCCGCCCGCGCAACCUCGGCAGGGGUGUCAGCAAGCCCAAGAAGAACACCGUGGCGUCCCUACUGGCACAGAGCCGGGCGUUGGGGCUGCGGCCAGCCCUGGCGCAGCAUCUGCUGGCUGAUAGUGACUUGGACAAACUGAAGGCUCUCCUCGGCGAGUCCUGCGCAAGCACCGACUCGGAGUGUCCGUCGGACAGCCCGUCCGACUCCGACGUGAGCGAGACCGCCCGCGACCUGCGCGCGCCGCUACAUAGAGGCUGGAAGCGGACAACAGUCAUCAAGGGCCUCUCCCGCAACUGCAACAUAAAGGGCGACGUGUCGUACUCCCCGCCCGAGCCGCACGCCGCGCUCCGACUCAAGAGCUUCCAGGAGCUGCAUGCCUUCCUAGAAGCCAACCCUACUCCGGGCCUCUCGUCGGACAACUUCAGUUUCUCUGCGCGCGUGGUGCUGGGAGACUACAUGCAGGCGUCGCCCGAGCCCGGCGAGCCCCGGACGCUGAGUGAACAGGAGAUCACUAAGAGACUAGAAGAAGCCCGAGCCCUCGCGUCGCUGACAGGCCGGCCGACACCGCCCCCUGUCGACCGACGCAUAGAACUAGCGAGGAGACAGCAAGCGGCCAGGGACGCGCGGCGAGACGCCACGAAUAGAUCUAGGGAUCAGGCUCGCCUAGUACGAGAACUGGAGAGGACGGAACGGGCGGAGUUGGCCAAACGAGAGAAAGAAGUAAGGAGCCAACAGCUUUUAGAGCAUAUCAACAAGAACCGAACUCAACUGACGAUUGAGCCGCUGCCCGCCCGGCCGGAUGACAGCUGGAGAAUACCGGAUCUAACCGGAUCAACCGCCAAACGAGACCGGACCAUGCCUCCGAUCAGUCUCACACUCAUCCCGGUAAACGGACCAAAAGACUCUAGCAAUAUACCCAUCAAAACCAUAGACCUAGACCAGAAACACUGGAGAGCCGACAUAGAGGAAUACAACGCUCUAGAUAAAAUGAAGCAUUUUGCCGAAAAAGUCGCCUUCGAAACGCCCAAAGUUGGCAAAGACAAAAACCAAUACAGCUUCUCUUUAACCAAAGCGAAGAAGACUAAAGAAGCGCCCGGGAAAGAGAACAGUCUAGAGAAACUGAUAGAAACAUAUUCCAGAAUAAGCGAAUUCAUAGACGGCUGUGAUUGGUCCAAAAUUAAGCCCGUCAAAAAGGUCGAAGACCCCAAAGCGAUUGAGCAAAAGUACUUGGACGCCAAAAACGAAUACAUGUCGGCAAAUCUCAUGCUUUUACCCAAAGAAAAACCGCAAUCGGUACUGAAAGAAGUAAUAGAUCUAAGCGAAGACGACGAUAGUAUAUUGACAGAUAUAAUAACUAAAAAGAUUAGUAAAGGAACGUUUAAUAUUGGCAAAGACGGAGCGUUGUCCAUAUCGGUACACCCACCCGGUACUAAGGAUUUAAACUUGGCUAAACGGAAACGAAACGAAGAACUGGAGAGACAGAAGAUUGAGGAGCAGAACAAGAGACAACAGGAACGUGAAUUGAAACGGCAACAGGCUCUACUGCUUAAAGAACAGCAAAAAUACAUUACAGAGGAAAGAGAAAGAAGACGUCAACACACGACAUUCAUCCGUCAGUUAGACGCGAGGAGAAGAUGGGAGGAGAGAGAGAGACGCAAACACCAGAACCUUCUGGACAGACUGCUGGUGAAGGAGAAGAAACUGCAGCAGAGGCGGAAAGAGAUGCAGCUAUUGUCUCAGCUCAGACGUCCACAAGAGGACUCCACCCUAUCAGACCACAAGCCGCUCCCCGCACUGAGCCGCGUGCCCGGCCUGGCGCUUCCGGGCGAGGCGCUGUCGCACGCACUGCAAGUGCUGCACUUCAUACACUACUUCGGACACCACCUCGGAUUCGACAUGGACAAUCUGCCCACACUGAACACGCUGCAACUGGCCCUCCUGCCCGACUGCAGCGUGGAGGCUGAAGAAGAAUUAACUCAACUGCUGCAACAGUUGCUUGAGUGUGCUAUUGAGGACCCGGGCAUCCCUCACCCGGGCCGGCACACGACGCUGCUGGGCCACGCCAUCCGGAUCAGCGACAUCACGCCCGCCAACAUCAGCGAGGUGCUUCGCAUAUACUUGUAUGCUAACGCUACGGGGGAAGUUAAGACUCUUACUGGCCUAUCAUCCGAGCGAGAGCGUGAACGCCGAAUCGCCGACCACCAUCAAACAGACAUCGAAAUGCAACACACACAACAACACACAAAGAACACCACUUACUACGAACACCUACACAAUAACAGCACAUACAAGCUAUCCGAAGCUUUACGAGAUAAGCCAUUUUUAGCACUAAACGCGACGACGAAAGCGAAGAUUCUGGCGUAUUUGUGUGAUGAGCUGUUGCAGAAUAAGACGGUUUUGAGACAGAUAGAUGCGUCGUUGGAGCAUUUGAAUCAACUGAAAAAGGAGCGGUAUUUGAUGGAUAUGAAGAUUAGAAAAGUAAAAGUCCUUCACCAACGCAAAAUCCGGGCGGAACAAACAGAGAAACAGCAAGCAUUAGCCCUCGAACGAAUGCAACGACUAGUCGAAGAGAGCACGGCCAAUCUAAACCCAACUACCGAAGACGAAGACAAGGACAAAGAACCCUCCGAAACCGAGGGAGAGAAAGAGACAACCAUACCUGACACACCUCCGUCCCCGAACCCUAACAUUGAGGAGAGUGACAAGGAACUCUCGCCUCUGAAAGACGUGUCGAAUAGCUUGAAAGGCAAAGAGUUGUGCAAUAACAAUAAGGAUGAAGGUUCUCCGGCGGAUAAUGGCAAGGAUAAGGACAGUGUCAUGGGUGAUUGUGAUGCGGUGCUCAGUGAUUUGGAAAGCGAAGGGACGCAGCCUGAAGAGGACGAAGACAAGAGCCUGUCAUGCGCCGAGCUAGCCCGCAAGCUGGACAAGCUGCUGCGGCAGUCGGAGCAGCAGCAGCAGCAGCUGCUGGCCGCCUCGCACGCGCUGCGCGCCACCAGCCUGGGGCAGGACAGAUACUGGCGCCGCUACUGGUCCCUCGGCAAGUGUGGCGGCAUCCUGGUGGAAGCGAUGGAGUCAGCUCAGCCGGAGAUAUUACACUACCACGAGGCUUUGGAGGCCAGUGCGACUAGAGAUAAAGAUGGCGACGGGAAGCGGAAGCGGAAGAGAGGCGCUAAGAACGGCGACGUCGACAAAGCCCUGGACUCAGAAGCAGUGAGAGAAGAGGCGUUGAAGACGGAACGAGAGCUCAAGAGCAUCAAGUCUGAGCUGAACCUGAGCGACCACACGCAGAUUAUAAAGUACGAGCCGAAUAUGAAGCACGGCGCUUGUAAGAUACAAGGUUCGUCGAUAAAAAUGGAAGAGAAAUACAUGCAACACAAGCAGACCAAAGAAGAGGACGAUAUGCUGGACAUAGAAGACUCCAUCCCGACAGCAUUCCUCGUCCAGAAACCAACGCACACUCCCUUGUUCGCAGCCCAAGCAGAGAGUCUCGACAAACCACAGGAGAUCGUCAAAGUUGAAAACCUCUCCAGAAACGAAGAAAAAACCGACACAGACGAAGUCAAAGACCAACUAGUCGACAAUCUAGAAGAGCUCAGAAAAAUGGCCGAAGCUGUAUCAUCACAAUUAGACGCGGCUAAGAAAGCCGAAGAAAUUAAAGAGGAAAUUAAAGAAGAAAAGCCGGAAAUCAAACAGGAGACGGUAGAAGCGGACGCGGCAACUGAACUGCUGUACGCAAAGAUGCUUGAAGGCAAAUGGUUCUCUAUUCUAAGGCAUGAGAGCUCAGUUUUGAGUAACAUCAACGACGUUACCGACAUAGAAGAUAAAAUACCAACGUACAGGGAUAACGAACAAACUUGCUCCCAAGUCGUCAUGUGCCAAGGCCAUAAAUGGGACGUAUCCAACAACUUAUACCUACUAAACGAUCCAAGCCUUUUCACCCUCAACAGCAUGGUAACAAGUGUGCAAGUACCUUCCAAUAAUAUCUACACAGACUCCUGUCUAACACUAUCAGGCAUAGACCAAGAAAUACUAGACAACUGCCAUAAAGAAGUCAACGGUGAUGAUUCGCCAAAUGAAGAUAUAAAGGAGGAAAAAGAGGACAAUGAUUUGGAGAAAGAAUUGCAAGCAGAUGCGUUAAAAGUAGAAGCGACACAGAAAGCCAAAGCAAAUAGUUUAACAAGUCUAGGGCUGUUGAACUUCAAUGCGUUGUCGACGUAUGUGACCUGUGAUAGUCCCCCGCCUAUACCGAUGACGCCGGAUGAGAUUGAACAGUUGGAGAAUUGUAAAGUCAAUGGAUUGCCGAAGAAGGUUGAAGGCAGUUUUGUGCCUAAGGAUUUGAGACACGGCUGGUGGCGCAUCACCGACCCCGACCAACUACAAGAGCUGUUAGACUGCUUGCACCCACGAGGAGUGAGGGAGAGAGAGCUACACGCCUCGAUACUGCAACACAUACCCACCGUGAAUAACAAGCUGUACAUCGACGGCGGCGACGCUACCACCGAGCUGUCCCCCGCGCACCCCCUGCCCCCGCCCCCCGCGGACAGCGACGCCACCCACAGCGCGGCCACGCAGCGCCGCGCGCACCUGCACACGCUGGCCACGGUGGAAGCCCUAGAAGAGCGCGUCUCCGCCGCCUCCAUGCAAGUAAAAGGCUGGCGAGUGGCCCGCACCCCCCUCGCCCCGGACUGCACCCCCGCGGAGAUCCUAGCCGUGGCCAGGAGCAAGCUGGCCGCUCUCGAGGCGCACAUAGAGAGGAGGUACCUCAAGCCGCCGCUCGUGCAGAGAUAUGCUAGUACAACGGAAGCGGCUGCUAUAGGCGCGGCUAUGCAGGCCGAGGCCAACACCGCCGCGCACUCGCCACAAGGAAACGACAACAGUAGCGAGGGGAAAGACAACCACCGCGGCAUAUCCCGAGGCCUGGUCACCUGGCGGGAAGCGGUGGCUCGCUGCAACACGGCUGCCCAGCUAGCCAUGAUGAUGCAGGCUUUGGAGGCAGCCGUGGCGUGGGACAAGAGCAUUAUGAAGGCGAACUGCCAGUUCUGUCUAUGCGGUGAUGAUGAAGACCAGCUGUUGCUUUGUGACGGCUGCGACAAGGGCUACCACACGUACUGCUUCAAGCCGCGCAUGGACAAGAUUCCGGAGGGCGACUGGUACUGCUGGGAGUGCGUGAACAAGGCGCGCGGGUCCCGCGUGUGCAUCGUGUGCGGCGGCGGACAGUCCGGACGCAGCGUACACUGCGCCCUGUGUCCGCGCGCGUACCACCUCGACUGCCACUACCCGCCGCUAGCCAAGAACCCCCGAGGCAAGUGGUACUGCGCGAACUGCGUCUCCCGCGCGCCUCCCAAGAAGCCGAGAAACACGAAGAAGCGGGAGAGCCGGCACAAGGACUCGACCGGCGACCUGGACCACAGCAUGGUGCCUAGUCCAGCUCCAUCGCACGCGUCCACGUCAACCACCGCUGAAGACUGUUCAGCAUCAGUCACACAGACUCCGGAGAAAUGUGGAGAAGGAGACAAGAUGGCCGACGUUGCGGAACCAGAGAACGGCAUCGUACAUCAUCCCGCGCCUCCAGACUUCGAGGAAUCCGACGGGCCGUCUCCAGAGAAGCGGCGCGCCACGAGUAGAGCCAUGGAGCUGGAUGAUAGCGGUGAAGCCAUGGAUAGUAUGGACGUGUACUCCUUCUCAGGCUCGGAGCUAGACGCCGAGAAUGUGCCGCUGCUGUCGCGAGCCAAGAAGGAGAAGACCAGCGCGAGGCGAGCCAAGCAGGACCUGGCUAGUUGCAAAAACCUGCUAAGCUGCUUGGAAUGCCACGAGCACGCGUGGCCGUUCCUCCUGCCCGUCAACACCAAGCAGUUCCCGCAGUACAAGAAGGCCAUCAAGACGCCCAUGGACCUGUCCACUAUUAAGCGGAAACUGCAGGAGGGCAGCUACAAGCACAAGGGCGAGUUCGCGUCCGACGUGCGCCUAAUCUUCAGCAACUGCGAGGAGUUCAACGAGGACUACAGCCCCGUGGGCCGCGCGGGCCACUGCAUGCGCCAGUACUUCGAGCAGCAGUGGGCGCAGAUGUGAGACCACCCUGUAUAUAGCUACAGUGACAUAUGAGACCGAUUAAUAAUUCCUAUAAUUCACGCAUAAUGGCCCACCUUAUUAGAGGCUAAAUGCGGAAAAUCAGCUCGCCAUGAUAGAUAGAUAGAAGACCGAUUAAGUGUCAUAAAGAGUGUAGUAGUAACCAAAAGCUACAGCUAGACUGUUACUGGAUAAAAGUGCCAAUUUCGCCAUAGUCGGUUAAAUCAUUACCAGGUAUUCGUGGUUGACUUUUGAGCCUUUUGACACAUCUGUCAAGAAUUUUAUAUGGAGAUGACGUAUAAUUGAUGAAGCAAUCCCUGUAGGUUAGAUAA